CUCAGCUGUUCCCAAAACUGUUGUGUGCUCCGUCCGUUUCAUGUGCGAGAUGACAUUUGGUUCGAUAAAGAAGAGUACGCCAUGCACAAUUCAUGACAACAGUUGAAUCUGGCCCGGACGAUUUGACUGAGAAUUUCCAACAAUGCUGAGAAGAAAUAUUUCGUUUUCUGUUGACACCUCGAAAUUAAAGAAUGAGAGAGCUAGUCAUGGGGAGCACUACAAGCCAACAGACUUGGAGCAUCUAGCCAACAUGUUCACUCAUGGGAUCUGUAUAUUUCCGAGCCUCUAUGGUUUGAAGAUAAUGCAGGAGCGAGCCUCAUCCCCAACCGAGGUCGCCGCUCUCCUUAUUUACGGCAUGGCACUGUUCUUUUUGUUCACUACGUCCACCAUGUAUCACUCACUCUCAUUUGCUAGGACUAAAAGCAAGCUAAAGCACUGUUUGCACAUUGGUGACCGAGCAGUGAUCUAUAUCUUCAUUGCUGCUUCUUACACUCCUUGGCUGCUGCUGAAGGACUUCGGAGGUGUGGACAAUUUCUUCAUGUGGGUGGUCUGGGUCGGGGCUGUACUUGGCAUUAUCUACCAGUUCCUCUUCCACAGCAAAUACAAGUCGCUAGAGGUAGUGUUUUACCUUAUUAUAGGAAUUUGUCCAGCUUAUGCAGUCACACACAUGACAGAUCCAUCAGGUGUGCAUGAGCUUGCUGUGGGGGGAGUGAUAUAUGUGGCUGGGGUCCUGUUCUUCAAGUGUGAUGGCAUUAUUCCAUUUGCCCACGCCAUCUGGCACUGCUUCGUGUUCCUUGGCGCAUUCGUUCACUUCUACGCCAUAAAUACAUAUCUGGUCGGCCAGCAUGGGAAAACUGAAAACAUUGUUGACAGAAUGGUUUGAUGAUGUGUUUAGCUAGAUUUUAAAUUCCUUUUUGUCCUUUACAUCUGUUUUUCUGAAUAAUUCCAAUAAGAUAACAGCAUUGCUUUUGACUAAAAGAGCCAAUGACUUUCAUUUAUUUUUAAUAUAUAAUUAAUUUGUGUUUUUGCUGCAAUGAUAAAAUUUUGACUCCACUGUUAAACAUUUUAAUACAGAAGUACACUAUUUGGUUGAAAGGAAAAUCCAAAAUUUCUUCUCACUGUUGUCAUUCUGUAUCUGUGAUUUUAGGGUAUUUUUUAUUUUUGUCAUCGUAAAGAUAACAUUGAUGAGUAUUUGGAUGGAUAUUGCAGGGACAAAACAAACAAAACUAUUUAUUAUUUAUAUUCACUUAGCUUAACAUUAUUCCAUUUUAUUGUCGAGCCUGCUUGAAGUGAGCGAGGCAUCGUUGUCACAAUGGCUGUUCUGAGUAUGUGCGUAUGAAAGUGCUUCACCCGUCGGGACUAAAAUUGUUCGCUAGGUAUCUUGACCAUGCAUUUUAGGAUUUACAAAAAAAUUGCCAUGAGGGUUCACCAUGAUGAGGCGGUCCGUCGCAAACAAUACCAAGUUCUGUACUCAAAAGGUCAAAGGUUGAAUUGAUCCUUAUACGGUCUGUAACUUGACCAUGCAUUAUAGGAUUUCAAAAAAACUUGCAAUGAAGGUUCACCAUGAUGAGGUGGCGUGUUGUGCAUAAGACCAUGUUAAGGUGAAAGGUUGAAAUGAUCCUUGUCCGGGCUGUAUCUUGACCAUGCAUUAAAGGAUUUUAAAAAUUGCCCUAAAUGUUCACAAUGACGAUGCAGCCUGUCGCACUCAAGACCCAGGCCUGUACCUCAAAGGUCAAGGUCAAAGUUAGAGGUCAUAAGUUAAAAUGAUCUUUGUCCAGACUGUAUCUUGACCAUGCCUUAAAAGAUUUUCAAAAAACAUGCAGUGAAGGUUUACCAUGUUGACCGGGCGUGUUGCACACAAGACCCAGGUUUGUGCCUCAAGGAUCAGAUUUAGGUUAGAGGUCUAAUGUUGAAAUGAUCCUUGUCAGGGCUGUAUAUUGACCAUGCAUUAUAGGAUUUUCAAAACACUUGCAAUAAAUGUUCAUCAUAAGGAGGCCGCUUGUUGGUAACAUGGCCAAGGUCUGCACCUCAUGGGUCAAGGUCACACCUAGUGGUCAAAGGUUGAUCUCAAAAUCAAGGUUACAGGUCAAAGGUUGAAAGGAUCCUUCCAGGUAUUGUUCAACUUCACUUUGCUCUGUAUUGCAAUCGCAUUGAAGAGCAUCAUGUCUGUUACCAAGGCUUUUUCAACGGGCUCGACAUAUUGCCAUUUUGCAUCUUCUUUAUUGAUAUUUGAACAGUUGUGGAUCAUUUUUUAAAUUUUCUGAAAUAGUCCUGUUAUAUUUCAUAUAUUUUGCAUAUUUAUAAUGGACACACCAUUUUGGACUGUCAUACAAUUUUUUGCUUUUUGUAAAUAUUUCAUAUUCAGUGACAUUUCAGUAAGCAAUCCUGAAAAUGUGAUGUUGAUAUCUUUAAAAUUGCUGAAAAUCUAUGUUUAUAAGCAUAAUUAUGCAGUGUAAAUUUGGACUGCUAACUUUGACAUUGCUGACAUGAUGUUCACACAAUAAGACUGUGGUUAAAAAGGACAGUAUGAACUUUGUCCUGAUAGAACAUGGCAAAGAACGUGAUUGUUAUGGUAACAUGGGUAAAGGAAUAGUUAUAAAUCCUUUUAAUAAUGAUCUAACAAUAUCUUACAAUUUAACUAAAAAAGUUUUCAAAGUAUUUAAACAUUUCAGUAUCUUUUUCACCCAUGAUAAUUUCAUUUGCUAGAAUUAUGUCCGAAGGCCCAAAAUUGGGUAGAGCACCUCAUAUCAAAGAUGAAUAGAGGAUAUUUGUUGAAUUUCAGCAUAAAAUCAAAAUUGAUUUCACAUAAUGAUCACAAAAAAUCAAUCUUUUCAUGAGUGGCUUAAUAUUCUGUCAUCACAAGUGAUUUCUUUUAUGAAUUUUCUCCAUACAGAAUAUUCUGUUUCUUUAAGGCUAACAUUUAAGAAGAAAACUGUCAAAUUAAUAUGUGUUUAUGAAAAAUAACAUUGUGAUGUCAAUUUGAAGACAUAAUUUGAAACAAUUCAUCCCACUAUGUUUUUUUUUUUUUUUUAUUAAACAUUGGGAAAUCCAUUAGAGAUGUGGAAAAAAAGUUGAUAUUUUACUGCAGUAAAAUGAAACUGUGGAAAUAAUACAUGAUAAUUCAACGAACAGCAUAAUAAGAUCUGUUGUAUUUCUAUAAAAAUGGCAUUAUCUGCCUGUUGUGAUUUGUGGUUAGUUUGAUUGAUUGUCAUUUUGUAGUGUGCAAUAAACUGUGUCUUUAGUAUUGAUAUAAAAAUGAUCAAAAUAAACCACAUCCAUAAAACUAUAGUUUCAUAAAAUGUCAUGUCAAUCUAUUUUUCUAUAUCUGCCGAGUAUUGAUAAUGGAAACUGGAUGCUUCUUUGAAAGAUCUCCUACGUACUUAACCAAAGGUGUUACAAAUACUUUAUUUUGUGAUAGCAUACAUAUUUAUUUCCAUAUUUUUUGUUUUAUUAACAAAUGUCCCAUCAGAUACACCACCAUACUUUACCUUGUAGUAAGAUGUUGUUCUGAUCAAAUAUAUUCAUAUGCAUGUUAGAUAGAUAGAUAGAUUCAUUUGUGUAGGCUUUAUACAUUUAUACAGGUUAUUUACAUAUUGUUGUUAAGACUUUUACCUGGUACUGGUUGUUUUUGUAUCUUGUUUAUUAUUAUUAUGAUAGUUAGUUAGUGUAUGUAAGGCGUAUUAUGUCCUAUGACCUACAUCAUAUCUCUAUACGUCUGUAAAAUCAUAUAACGCUCUAUGACUUUAUUUGUUACUCUCUAUACAUCUGUAAGGCCGUAUUACAUCCCAUGACCUACAUCCUAUUUCUAUACAUCUGUAAAGCCGUAUUACAUCCCAUGACCUACAUCCUAUUUCUAUACAUCUGUAAGGCUGUAUUAUGUCCCAUGACCUACAUCCUAUUUAAAUACAUCUGUAAGGCCGUAUUGCGUCCCAUGACCUACAUCCUAUUUCUAUACAUCUGUAAGGCCGUAUUGCGUCCCAUGACCUACAUCCUAUUUCUAUACAUCUGUAAGGCCGUAUUACGUCCCAUGACCUACAUCCUAUUUCUAUACAUCUGUAAGGCCGUAUUACGUCCCAUGACCUACAUCCUAUUUCUAUACAUCUGUAAGGCCGUAUUACGUCCCAUGACCUACAUCCUAUUUCUAUACAUCUGUAAGGCCGUAUUACGUCCCAUGACCUACAUCCUAUUUCUAUACAUCUGUAGAGGCCGUAUUACGUCCCAUGACCUACAUCCUAUUUCUAUACAUCUGUGAGGCCCCAUUCUGUCCCAUGACCUAUAUCAUAUCCGUCUAUACAUCUGUGAGGCCCCAUUCUGUCCCAUGACCUAUAUCAUAUCCGUCUAUACAUCUGUUAAGCUGUAUUACGUUCCAUGACCUAUAUCAUAUCUGUUUUUAUAUCUAUAAGGUCAUAUUAAGUCCAUUGACCUACCUCAUAUCUCUCUAUACAUUUGUACCAUAGUAUUACAUCCCAUGAGUGAUGACCUAAAUCUUUUUUCUUUUUUUUUCUGUAAUUUCAACAAAGAAAUUUACUUUCUUCAAUAUUUCUAUUUUAUCAGCUCUCAGAUGGUUCAUGCACAUGUAGUAAGACUUUGUUACAUCAAAUAUCAUAUGUUCUUUAAAGCAUGGAAAUUAUGACGUUUGUAUUUAGCAAAUGAUCAGAUUUUAAAUAUGAAAACCAUUAUUUAAAGAAGGCUUUUGCUUUUGGUGCUGACUUAACUGUUUAACUCCUGAAGGUCUCGAGAUGUAAGGCAAUCUGUAAAAACCAGGCUUUGAGAUUAAUGUUAUGCAAGAUCACGUUUUUUCAACAAGUAAAUUUUUCGAGGGUGACAUAUAUCAAUAUUAACUGUCUCUUUGUUAAUUGAAAGUAAAAACAAAACCACUGUCAUGCUUUCGAAAAAAACCACUUGCUUUUACAUGAAACGUCAUUUUCCCCUAAGCCCUGGCUUUCGCAGAUUGCGUCACAUGUAUUAUAUGUGCCAUGAUAAGUUUAUACCUCAGAUAUUUAAUUUCAAUGUAACUGUACAAUCAACUUGUUUUUAACUGGCAAAAAAACAAUUAAAUCCUCAUUACCUUUCGUUCACCUGAGCUAAACUAUUUACAGGUAUUGCAAUUGUUUAUGAAAAUAGUAAAAAUGAUAAGUAUUACUUUCAAUGAAACAAUUUGCUAGUUUGCUUUUAUUCUCUGUUUUGAUAACAUCGUUAUAUUGCUUGACAUCGCUGACAUUGAGUAAUCAAUUUUUUCUGUUUGCGUCAUGGACCUUUUUUUCAUGAGCAUCAUUUUUAAAAGUCUGGAGAUUGUUUGAAAUGUUGCUAUGCUUGUUGGAUUUUAUAAAAAAACAAUGAUUGCUACUUAGUUGAGAUAGGUAAGUUAUUUACAAGAUCCAAAAGCAUCUGUUGAAGAUCAAAGCAAGUAUGUACUUAAUUGUUUUUUGGCUUUUGUGAUCAAUUUGCUCAUUAUUUCAGCACUUUGAGAGCAUGACCAUGUGAAAGGUCACACACAGAAAGCAAACCAUGCAUGCACUUAUGUAUGUGGACUAUCUUUGUUCUGCUUGGGAACACUAUAAAACAAGCUGGCAUAAAUGUUCACCAAUAUGAGAUGUAGUGUUGUACAUGAUACCUCUCUCCCUGACAUUGUGGUCAGUCUAUGAAAUUAAACCAUAUGCAACCAUGCAUGAGUAUACAACUUUAAAUUUUUCAUUGCAUGCACAAUUUUUGGUUAUAAUCUAAACACCCAAAAGGUAAUGCUUUAGCUGAUCAUAAUAGGUUGUACAAUGAAAUCUGGGUGUCAGUUUGUUCAAGGGCUUUGUUUACUAUCUAGUGGCAUUCAUUAAUAUAAGCACAAGAUGUUAAUUGGUAUCUACUGCUGAUGAGAAGUUAAAAGUUGAUGGCCAUCAAUUACAUUUGUAACACAUGUGUUGUCAGCAUGCACAGUAUGUUUUUCCAUAUUAAAAUUGCACUGUCCGUCAGUCUGUCUGUGCAUCUAGCUAAAUUGUUUCAUGUCUGAAUUGUAACUUUCUUUUGUAUUGACAGAUUUUUAAAUAAUUUGCCAAAUGUGUUCGAUAUACCAAGACGAUGUGUCAUGUGCAAGAAGCCUGUCCCUGCUUUUAAGGUCAAGGUCACACUUAGUGUUUGUUUACUAUGGAAUACUGCAUAAAGGGACAUAGAGCGUAGGUGGUCGUGUCAGGGCUGAUACUUUAUCUGGUAUGGACAGAUUUUAAAAUAACUUGCCAGUAUGUUCCACAUACCAAGACAAUGUGUCGCACACAAGACCCGUGUCCCUACCUGUAAGGUCAAGGUCACACAUAAUUAUACCCCCAAAAACGAAGUUUGAGGGGGUAUAUAGGAGUGAGCUUGUCGGUUGGUCGGUCUGUCUGUCGGUCAGUCUGUCGGUUUUCAUGGUUUCCGGACGAUAACUCAUGAAAGGCUAGACAGAUUUGAAAAUUUUUUGGUACACAGCUGUAACAUCAGAAGAUACAGGUCAAGUUCGAUAUUGGGGCUGGUGGGGUCAAGGUCACUGUUAUUAAAAAUAGAAAAAUGGUUUCUGGACGAUAACUCAUGAAAGGCUUGACAGAUUUGAACAUUUUUUGGCAGUAACCUUGGGAGUUAUGGCCUCUUUUCAAAGGAAUGGUUUGCCAUUCCUGUGUCCAGGCGGCAUUUGGGGGUAUUCGUCACUCCUGUGACAGCUCUAGUGUUUAUUUACUAUGGCAUAGUGCAUAUAUGAACAUAGAACAUAGGUGGUCAUGUGCAGGCUGUAACUAUCUCUUGUAUGGACAGGUUUUAUAACAACUUGCCGCAUGUGUUCGGAAUACCAAGAGGACGUGUCGCACACAAGACAGGUUCCCUACCUCUAAGGUUAAGAUCAAACUAGUGUUUGGAAUGCUGCAUAUAUAAAUAUUCUCACACACCAACCCAACUGGUUCUAGUCUCGACCAUAUGUAUCUCUCUGGUUUGGAUGGAAUAAGCCCAACAACAACGUCAUGUUGUUCAUCAACAUCUCUUCAUUCACAAACUUCAUUGCUAUGUUUCAAUUUCUAAUGACCUUUGAAUCACACUUGCGUUCCAUUUCGGGUGCAUUAAACAUUUACAGUGACAACUCUUGUUUAGAACUUUUAUUAAAGCUUUCCUUUAAAUAACAGUAUUGAAAAUAAUUAAAACAAUUAAUCAAUAUCAAAAUGCUACAUGAAAAGGGCAUCAACCUUUCAAAUUGUAAUUUCUACUAAUCUGUCUUUGAAAUCAUGUUAUAUAAUUAGGAAUAUUUAAUGUAUCAUUACUUUAUUAUUAGUCAGUUAACAUUAUAACCAGUACAUUAACAUUGUUACUGGUCAGUUAUCAUUGUUACCAGUCAUUUUACAUUGUAACCAGUUCGUUAAUAUUAUUAAAAAUCAUUGAACGUUAUUACCAGUCAGAUUUUGGUUUUACCAGUCAGUAAACAUUGCUAUCAGUCAGUUAACGUUUUUACCAGUAACAUUACAUUUUUACCACUUACUAAUUCUUAUCUUUCAGGCAUUAUAAUUAUAAAAAUUGAAUUUUUACUUCUACUUAGUAUACUGUUUGAAACAAAGGCAAUCAUCAUUUCUUGUGUGCCAAAUACUUCUGUAUAGUCUAUAUUCGAAAUUUUUGUUAACAUUGCUUUCUUAUAUUUCUUUCCCUAAAUGCAUUUUAGAAAAUAAUUAGAAUUUAACAUAUUUUCAUUAUUUUGCAAUAUUGUUUUGCUACAAAAUAAAAAUUCGUAAAAGUAUCCCUGACUUUGACAUAGUUGUUUUAAACUGUAGGGUUGAAUGUUGAAAUGCCCGGCUUGUUGUUUUAAACUGUAGGGUUGAAUGUUGAUAUACCCGGCUUGUCUGUCCACUUUUAGAUCUAGAGUUAGCUAAGUAGACUCACCCAAGCAAGAAAUCAAUGUUAAAGCUAUUAGUAUUAUUAACGCUGAAGCACAAUUUUAGUUCAUUUUUUUAUUCAGUAUUUCUUUUGUCUGUAUGUGAUACGAGGAACUUUGAAGUUCUCAAUAUACCAUGUCUAGUAGAAUUCUCUAUAUUUUGUAUAUGUUGUCUUGUUAUUUUUAGAAUAAAACUAAAAUUGA